UGGAUUUGGCUCCAGACGGUGGCAGAGGUGAUGCCUGCGAAGGAUCUUGGGGCUCACUUGAAGACUGAUCCGCGGGACACAUCGUGUGUCUCUCGAGCACGUUGCAGUUGUACAUUGUACAGAGGUCAAUCUGCCAAUUGGUGGUCUUCUCCAGAUCGUCUGGUCCUGGAUUAGUGCAGCCAUGCCAGAGAAGCGAGUUGACCCAUCGGACGGCUGGUCGUACACGCUGGAGGAAUUGAGCACAUUCUACCAGAACGUGUACACACCUGCCGAGAUCAUGAGUUACUGGAACGUCGCCUGCCAGACUGGCAAGGAGCAGGCUGGCUGGCCUAGUGGCUGUGGCUGGCCCAGCAGCGGCGGCGGCGGAGGCCCGCCGCUCGGCAACGGCUGCGGCCCCAGCGGCUGCGGCGACCCGCCGCGCAGCGGCAACGGCUGCGGCCCCAGCGGCUGCGGCGGCCAGUCGGGCCCUGAAGGGGCCUGGAGCGGCUGGCAGGGCCUGCUGGGCGACUGGGCGCGGGGCGAAGUCAGCGAGUGGUGGCCCACGCCGCCAGACGCCGCGGCCCCACGGGAUACAUGCGAGAGGGCUGCAGCUCCCGUGCGCUGGGGCGCCCAAGGCGCUGGACUGACCGGCAACAGGCCCGCGGAGAGCAGCACCAGGCCCCGCAGCCUCCCGCUGACGGCGCCGCCCAGGCUGAGCGCGGCCGAGGAGGCCCGCGCCUCUGACGGUUCCCACGGGGCCAGCUCUGGCUCGGAGCAGCUGGCCGAGUUCUUCGGCCGCAUCGUGUGGGCCCCGGGGGAGUCGGAGGAGGAAGCGGAGGCGGGGGGCGAUCGCUGGAGGUGCGCGCCGUGCAUUGCAAAGGCGCCGCUGUCCCAGCAGGAGCACCGGCAGAUGACCCUUGUUGUCACAAACUUCCCGCGCUGGGCAUCGGACGUCGAGCUCUGCCUCGCGUUCGACUACGCUCUGAAGCAGGAGGGCACGGUGCGGUGCGGCGUCCUCCGUCGCAACGACAGCGGCCACAACCUCUACGCGUUCUGCGAGUUCCUCACCUGGGAGAUCGCGGAACGCGCCCUGUCAGCCUGCAAGCGCGGGCACGUGGUGAUGAUGGACGAGCACCAGCGCGCGUGGUGCGUCCAGGCGAACCUUAGCAGGAGGGCCAUCGUGGGUUGGAGUAAAGCGGCCCUUUCGAGGCGCCGCCGACGCAAGGAGGCUGGCGUCGUUGAGGUGCGCUUCUCGUACGCGGGCACAGAGCGCUCGGGCGCGGAGUCGUCGCGGCCAGAGCCGCGCCCCGCGGCGGGCCUCUGCAACGCUGGCUUCGACGCGGGUGAGCGCCACUCAGGAGUGCACCAGGCUGAUGGCGGCCCGCUCGCUGCGCCGGGGGACAGCACCAAGUUCUCGCUGUGAGGGCGCACCAGGCUGCGGAGUGGCCCGCCGCGGCGUCGGGGCUCGAGUCUCUUCUCCAGGGCGGGCGCGCAAUUGUCUACACCCAUCGGCCGUGAAAGCGAA